UUACCGGUUACUCUUGUCUGGGUUCGUUUGUACGAUGACGCGCUUGACGUUAUUAUUGGCUGUUUUCACAAUAGCGGAUAUGACAAUCUGCCAGAUAUUAGCUCAGAAUUUUGUCAAAAGUGCAUUGCAACAGCAGCAGUUAAAAGACGAUGAUGACAACGACGACGAUAGCUUUAGUUCUUUAAAUGCCCAAGAUCUUCGAGCGUUGCUUGAAGUUGCGCUUAAGGCUGGUGGCAAAUAUGGAAAGCAAAAAUAUGUCGGCCGGAUAGAAACGAACCAAAAGUUAACACAAAAGUAUCAACCAACAUUAUUUGAUCAAUUGACCGGGCUGGAUGCAAAUGAUGUUCUAGUUUAUAACCCAGAUAACUACAAGUCAGUACAUGCCGAACAAGAGAAACAUGGAUUAUUGGACAUGCUAGGAUCAUCCCCUUAUGAUAAAACCAUCACCGACGAAGAAGAUGAUAGCUCGCCGGUAUUUGUCAUAGUCAAGGUGGAUGACCUCCAAAAGAGAAUAACUGAUAAGAGUUCAAAUAACGUGGUUUCAUCACUAUUGAAGUCACUAUCAUCUAGUCAAAAGGAUCGUAGCAAUAUCGGGCAAGAGCAUCGUUACAAAGGAUUUCGGGUGAGGGAUUCCUACAGGAGAGCCAAAGACUCUAGUGAAAGUAAGUUCAUACACGUUUCGUUUUAA